AUGAGCGGGAAAGAAGAAAACAUCAAUUAUUAUCAACAGAGUACCAUAAGUAUUAGUGACAGUGACGGUGAAUCUGAUGAUAAAGUUGUCAAUGGAACACCUGACAGAUACCAUGUCCCCAAUCCUGAAAAUCAUUCUGUAAAAAACCAACGUAAAGUUAUCACAUAUUCCAAUGUUAAAGAUGAUGAACUAAAAGUGCUACAAGAGUUGAUACAUGUGUUCGAUUUAAACUCAUACAUAUCGUGGGAUGAUAGAGUUACACAUUUAAUUGUAAAAACUCUUCCUUCUGGUAGAUGUAUUCGUACAAAAAAAUUUAUGUAUGCAUUAUUAUUUAACUGCUUUAUCAUAACUAUGGACUGGGCCAAAAAUUGCUUAUCUUCUAAGACAUUACUGCCAGAGGUAGAUUAUAUACCACUUGAGUUUAGUGGUGAACCAUCGCCAUUGGUGUCUUGGCGCGUGGGACGGGGCAUUAUUAAUUCACCGAUGGAAUGGACUGGAAAUUGCAUUUUAUAUCUUCAUAGUACUAUUGAAUUUAAUGAAUCAUAUAAGGAUAUUUUUUUAUGGGCUCGGAAAGCUGGUUUUAUGUUAAGCAAUGAUUUGAAAGAGUUUAAAGACGACUACAAAUUGCGAAUUAUUUUGGCUGAUAAUAUCUCUUCAUGUACUGAUGUUCGAUCUAAUUUACCCAGUACAACAGAAAUCACAAGUUGGAUAUGUAACUAUAAAGUUGUAACAUUAUUCUUAGAUUGGUUUCUCGAAUGUUUGUUUCAAUACAAAUUUGUUGUAAUUAAUCAAUAUUACCAGAUUAUGAAACUAAAUUCAAACAUAAUAGAAUUUACCAAUAUGGACGAGUCUCUGUUUGAAUUGGAAAAUUGUUGA